AUGUGCUGGUCUGAGAAGCAUAUCGGACAACCCAAUCAAAGUAGCAGCAAUAGCAGUAGCCGAACUGGUGGAGUUCGAUUGGGGACCAAGCAUACUGGCGCACCCAAAGUAGUGUUACGCGCCAAUCGUUCUGGCGCUUAUGAGCACGAGGUGGUGGAUACUGCUGGAGGCAAGGGCGAAGACGCCGAAGAAGAUGAAGAAGAGGAUGAAGCUGCUGCUGCGUUUCAGCGUCAGAAAGCCGCUUUUUCAGCCCGUCUAGCCGCCGGAAGGCCCAGCAUCCGGCGCCAAAUCAAGUCCCCGGCGCACAACUCAACGAGCACUCCUUCCGAAACUCCCGUCGUCUCACGAAGCCGGACACCAACAGCAGCUAGUAUUAAAUCACCUCUAAGUGCAUUCUUCACCCCACCUCCGCCGAUUCCGGUGUCUAAUGGCGUUGGUGCCAAUGCUGGCGCACGGCCCAUUCCCGCAGGAUCGGCGCGUCAUCUGCGCGCCUGGCGCCAGUUGGCCAAAAAGGUGGCCGCCAAGGCUGGUCGCCAACGCUUGGCUUGGCGGAGGGAACGACAGCUAAUAGAUCGCAAGGCCUUCCGAGAUUUGUUGCGUUUGCAUCGUCAGAAAGCUCUCUUGUCACAGAAGAUUGCACGUGAUGCAGUUGGUAGGUUCUCUUUAUUUUAUCAUUCCUCAGCUAUGGGUAAAGAACGUAUUGACAAAAGUCACAAACCUUUCGGUCUUUCAUAA